CGUGUUCGGGACUCGCCCAGAAUCUUCACUCUCCAAGAAACCCGGAGUGAGAAGAAAGAAAGAAGGAAAGAAAGAAAAAGAAAGAAGGAAGGAAGGAAGGAAAGUCUCCGCCUGGCCCUCCUCCACCACAGCCAGCUCAGUGAGCCACACACACACACACACACACACGCCUAGUUUCACCCGGCCGUCACUCGAGCCCAGGAAUGCCAUGGCCACUCAGCCCAACCAGGACUACUUCCGCUCGGUCAGCAGCGAGUCCACUACCUACAUGAUGGUGCCGGCGAGCGGCCGCAAAGAGUCUCCUUCCAAGCUGUGGCUCGCCAUGGUGGUGAUCGUGGUGGUGGUGCUGCAGAUCGCCUCCACCACUGGACUCUUCCUCUACCUGAACAUGUCCCUGUCCCAGGUGAAGAGCCAAGGAGUAACAGAAGAGCUGCGAUGUCUGGGAUUGCUCAAUGCCCUGGAUAAAAACCGGGAUAUCCCCGAGGACCUAGCCCAGCUCUUAGGAGAAUCCUGCAUCAAACUGGCUGAAGGCAUCAAAGCCUACAUCUCUAAGGUAACAGAGAACAUCAUCUCCAGACAGACAUUACAAGAAGCAAGAACCAUACCACAUGGUUACAACACGACAGGGGCAAAGUUUGUGACACAGAGACCUUCAGCACACCUUACACUCAGCAGCCUACAAGGUGCCAGCCCUCAGUAUCCGAGUCCGCAGGCGGACCUGCACCAGUCAUGCCGCCACCCCGUGCGCUCCUGGGCCAAUCAGAGCUUCGGUGCCCACCUACACAACAUGACACUGGUCAACGGGCGUCUCCGCGUGCCUCAGGACGGCCGCUACUACCUGUACGCGCAGGUCUACUUCCGCUACCCGUCCCCCAGUGAGGGCGAGCAGAAGAGCACCAGCCACCAGCUGGUUCAGUGCAUCUACAAGAAAACGUCGUACCUGAGACCCAUCCAACUGCUGAAGGGUGUCGGCACUAAGUGUUGGGCACCUGACGCCGAAUACGCCCUACACUCCGUCUACCAGGGAGGUCUGUUCGAGCUGCGCGCCGGCGACGAGGUGUUCGUGUCCGUCUCCUCCCCCUCAAUGGUGCACGCCGAGGACUCCUCCAGCUACUUCGGAGCUUUCCGUCUGGACCUGUGAGGGCGGAUCAGACAGACUGCGACAAGAUUACAUUACCCAAGAGGCACUGCGAGGCUUUGGUUGUCUCUAUGUGGUCCCAGGAGACAGCUCAGACAUUUCAUUGUUUGAUUUUCUUUUCAUAGGUUGAGAUUUUUAUAUACAUGUGUGUGAAGGAAAUGGUUCAGACAAUUGGAGCCCCUUUUUUUUUUUUAAAGGCGGAAGAAUGUAUGUAUAUUUUAAAAAGCACAUCAAAGAUGUGGAUCAUGGAAACAGUAGCAAAGAGGACAGUAGUAUUGCCAGAACUUUGCAAGGCUUCAUCUGUGCCAAUUGUGUGCAUGUCUGAUGUACGAGGAGAAAAACCUGAGCUUUCACCUCAGGCCACUAGGCAUCAGAUAUAAUGCAUUUUUCAAAUAGAUUGCGAUGCAAGAAGACGAGAGCGUGCCAGGGAAGGAGGAAAGGCGUACGCUGUGCACAUGCAGGAAUUCUCCGUGGCCAGUCCAACCAGUGGAGCAACAUGCAAUCACAGAUAGAGACCUAAAAACAGAUACCACCACCUGGACUCUCUCUCUCUCUCUCUCUCACACACACACACACACACACACACACACACACACACACACACACAA